AUGCGUUAUAAAAAAACACUUGUUGAAUUAUUCAAAUAUACAGAAAAUUUAGUGCAGGCUUGACCCGUUUUUUUUCUGCCAAAAAAAUCGUAUGAAAAAUUUGAUCACACUACGCCUAAAAACCUUUUUUUUUAUUAAAGGAAAAAUUUUGAAAUAAGCUGUGUCUGAGGUAACUUUUUUUUGACGUUAUUUUUGAAAAAAAUGUGGAUCUCGAAAAAAACAUAUAGUAAACCUAAUUUUUUUAGAAAGGUUCAAAGUGAAUAGUUUUUUUAGAGGUGUGAAGACCUCUCCGCCUUUAAUUUUUCCAGCAAGGAUUAUCGAAAAGAUUAUAAAUUGAACGAUAAACAAAGAGGGAAAACAUUUGAAACAUGAACAAAAAAUUCCCGAAUUUCUGACUUGCCGCGGAAAAACAAAAGGUCAAUUAUUCUGACUCAUCACAGUAAAAAACCAGAAUGAAUCAAACGUUCUGAAAAUAAAGAUAUCGCAUGGGAAUAUAUCAGUGAAAAGGAGCAAAGAAAAAAAAAGAGAUGAAAAAACAAGUCAAAAAUCGGCGGGUUUCAACUUUUUAGGACGUAUUUCAGAAGACAAUUGAGUUUCUGGUGACCUCUAAAGUUCUAGCAACUCAUGCACAUGCAAAACUUCAGAAAAAACCAAAGAAAUUUCAGAGAAAAACAACAAAUAAACAAGGAAAAAAGAUAAGUUUAUUUUCGCGCACUUUUCCUUGCACCGAGUUCUCGCCAGUCUCCGUCUCUGACCCAUAUCGCGUGCGGCGCCCUCCUUCUCAAACGUUUACACUUUCACCCGAUAAAAUAAACGUCCUGGCCGCCAUUGUUCCUUUUUUCCUCCUUCUUUAUUUCAUUCCUUAUCGAUUACGCGGCUUCUGCUUGACUUUCGUGUUAAAGAGGUUCUCAUUAGCUUCGUUUGGGGAAAGAUUUUGUUGGCGGGUCUCAUUGGGAAGUUCACUCCCGAAAACUUGUUUUUUUGUCUUUCUUUCGGCCGUCUUUCACGUAUAUUGACUUUUUCGCGACGUUCUUGUUGCGAUUUGACGUUUUUCACUGCAUAUUUAUUUUAUUCUUGUGCUAUUUUUAAUUAUAUUAAGCAAAUUUCAAAAGAGAAAGGGAAGAAUAUUGUGUACUUUUGUGUAAUUUUUGACCCAGGAAAUUACCCCAAGAUUAAAAUCAAUAUCCAAUGUAGUGCGUCGGCCAUAAGCUGACGUUGCCUAGGCAGAAUGUUUUUUUUUUGUUCUGUGCAGAGAUUUCCUCUCACGCAGUUCCUCUCGUUUCCCAUUUCCAAUCAUUUUCCUUCCUACACGGAAAUCAGCUCGUUUGCCCUUCUCUUCGACGCGAAAAUUUCUAUAUUUUCAUUUCAGUUACAAGUUCCGAACACAGAAUACACUAUGAGCGACCCUUGUGAAUGCCUUUUUGAUCAUGAAGCCGCCAUGAGACGUCUUAUUUCACUGGUUUGUUUGAAAACUUCUAAAUUUGAUGUUGUAUUUUUGAUUUUUUUUUUCAUAUCAAUUUCCAUUCUCAAUUCCGUCUUUCUACAAUCAAACUUUGAAGCUUAAAGAAGCCAAAAAUUCGCUUUUUAAAUUUAAUUCCGUAUUUUAUCGCCUCACAAAUAUUUAAGAGACGAAAAAUGAUCCAUGAGAACCAAUAAAUUUCAUCAGCUGGUUUUUUUUGUUCAGAAAUGAAUUUUUCUGGGAUUUUAAUGGCCUGUGCAAAUAAAGUACAAAUUUAAUAUUCAGUUUUUUUGAAGUUUUUUUCGAAAAACCUGUGGCAGAACUUAUACUUUUUUUCGGUUAUUCUAACUUUAUAUGAUAGUUCAAGUUUUUUUCUAACAAGUACAAAAGAAAUAUCAAUGUUCCAAUAUUAUCGUUCUUUGAUUCAAGUAAAAAAACCCUAAAAAAAUAAGUUUUGCAAAAAUUUUUUUGUAGUACCUUUCUCACGAUGUAUACCCACCAAUUAGCCUGAGAUUCAAGGUUUUCUUUGGGAAAAUUUUCCUGAACUUGCGUAAAUCUAAAAAUACGUAUGGUCAGUUCAAAGUACACAUAAAAAAAUCCUUUUUGCGUGUUUUUUUGAAAGUUUUUUUAUAACCUUAUUUGAAGUUUUUAAAAAAAUUUAUCCACCUUCAAAAAGUCGAUUGGAUUUUUGAAAAAUAUCAUAUUUAUAUAAUCAGCGUAUAUUCAAGGUCGGAGCGUUUUCAAAAAUAGUUAUCCUCAAGAAUUUUAUCCAUUUUAAAAAGCUUUUGGAGUGAAUUUACAGUUUUCUCAGUAAAAUAAAUCCAUUUUCAGCCAAGAUUCGAGGAAAGAAACUCAAAAAAAGUAUAUACUAGCAGGUGUUUCACAGAGAUACAUCCUAAAAAAAAAGCGCAUCUGCCAUUUUGCGGAGAAAAAAGUUCUCGAAGAUUUACAAGGAGAAUUUCGGAUCCAGAGGCUUGAAAAGGGUUAAGUGGAAUGAAAUUAAUAAAUAUUCACUUUUUCAACAAAUAAAAUUGAAUUUAUCAUACUGGAAAAAUUUAAAAAAACUGUAUCAAAAAAAUUUCAAGUAAUUACUUUUUCUCGAGAGUAUCGUAAUAAGUUGCACCAAAAAAGACUAAAACCAAGAAAAUAUCGUACAUUUUUGAAAAUACUGACAGAGUCGAAAGGAACAAUUUCUCUUUCCACCUUUUCUAGAGCCUUCAAAAUCCUGAAAAAAUGGAGAAUCUUGAUAAAGUACGAAAUCUUUUUAGCGGUUUUGCUUUGUGUAUCUUUUCGGUACUUCCGACUUUGUCAGUAAAGGUUUAAAUACUGAAGAGGCUACGAAAAGAACGAUUUUUUCUAUUUCCUAAGAUUACGGUAUGUAAAAGUCCUCAUUUUGAGACGUUCACUUUGUGUGUUUGCACAGUUUUUGCGUGAAUUAUUCGAUCGGUUUUUUUUUUACAUUCUGAUCUUGGACUGCAUCGAAAUGAAUGACAACUACAGAAUGCAAUAGAAGUUAUUUUGAAAGUUAUUUUUGAAAAAAAAACGUGAAAAAUAAUUGAGAACUCAGACCUUCGUAACGCGAACGGGACGCGAAUCGGACGUGUCGGGGCAUUUCUAGUGACCACUUUAGUAGCCUCAGAACUCUUAAGGGAUCCCUAGAAUUGCCCAGAAACGUCCGGAGCACGUUCGUUUCGCGUUACCAAUGUCCGAGAACGUAACGCAAGAAAAGUUCAAACAUAGGGACUUUCACAUACAGUACUCUUUGAAAAUGAAAAACUUGCCUUGCCGCAAACACGGCGUUCCCAAACGGGGUGGGGAGACGUCAAAAAAGUUUUGGCGCGAAAUUUUUAAUCUCAAGUACGCAGCCAAAUGUAUUCCUCAGUUUAAUUUGCAACGAUAGGUAGCUGUGACGUCAAAGUCCUUUUAUACGAAGCGCGCACUUACUAUUUUUUGCAAAUUCAGAAACUUUGACGCCUCGCUCACCCCAUUAGGAAUGCCGUGGCAAAGGUGCAAAACAUCUACGGGAAUAUGUGUAUACCUUCCGCAAAACGACGACUUUCAGCUGCGCGACACACAGAACCUAUGCACGGACACGGGCUGCGAAACGGACAGCUUAACCGGAUCCGGCGGCGGGACGAUAAUGCUCUGGUCGAUGAUGUGGGCGAUCCUGGCGAUGGCGCUCUUUUUCUUCCGGCCCAACUCGAUGCGGUCCGGCUCAAACAAUAGCCUCGAGAAGCCUGGGCCGAGUAAUGGCGAGGUGAAUAAAAAAAAAUAACUUGAGAACCGUGUACAAGGUAUUUCUCUGACUCUCUCAGACUCUGUAAUCUUUCUCACUCUCUGACGAAAUAUUCUUCUUUCUGGGGUCUUUGAAAUCACAAAUUAUCAUAUAUUAUGCCUGAAAUUGGUAAAAUCUUCUAUUUAAAAACAUCUGAACCUUUGAAAUUAUACCCCUAAAAUAAUUUUAUUAUCUAAUCGUUUUUUUUUUGUUGUUUUCCUACGCAAAUUUGUACUUUACUCUACUUUUUUUUGCGUUGUACUUUUAGAAUCUAGAAAAAUGACCUUUUCCAGCUCUUCGAAAAAAACAAAAAUGCACUUUUGCUUACGUCAACAAAAAAAAACCUAGCGAGCAAAAAAAAAGAUUUUUUAGCGCAGCAGCAAUUGUACUUUUAAGCGAACUCAGGAACUCCAGAGUGGUCCCUCUAGAGAUCACUUUUUCACCCCCUAUAGGGGUCACUAAAGCUUGCAAAAGUGGUCCCUGUAGGGGACUUGCUAGUCGAUAAUUUUAGGUAGUCUAUGCGGAGAAGAGUUUCCAUUCGAAAAAUAAAUAAAUAGACGUUUUUUAAACGAAGUUGAGAGACCCCUAUAGGGACCACUUGAGCUUUAGGGGCUGGGGGUCAGACCCUAAACCCCUAUACGAACCACUUUUUGGCCACUGACCCCUAUAGGGACCACUCCUAAGUACGUUCUUUUUAACGGAAAAAAAACGUGACAAGCUUGCGCGGAAUGGACUAUAAACAGUUUUACAACAUCGGAGAUUUUUUUUUCGAAUUUUCAAGCUUCUUUUGAAGCUUCAAACUAUGAAUAUUUCAAAAAGGUGUACUUUUUUCUGAGCUUUUAAUUAAUAUUAUUUCUGAAUAAUUUUUAAAUUUAAUAAUUUCAGGACAACAACCAACCGCCGCCCCCAACCGUCGGCUGA